AUGGAGUUCUACGCUGACGACCUGGUUCCAUGGCUAGAAAAUCAGACCUCGAACCUUGCCACCGGAUCCGCCAUCGCGUCAGUAACCAUUGCCAUGGACGCGUUGGUACCAAGCUCCAACACCCAUCUGCAAACGCUGCGGAACCACUUACGAUUUCUAGGACUAUUCGAAUUCAUCCGGUUAGGAUCUGCCUACGAUUUCAUUAUGAACAAGCACUCAUUUGAUUCUUGGAUGAACACAUCUUCAGAUUCUGGUACCUAUAACUCCACUUCCUCCUAUCUCGAUUUUUCAAUCACAACCAGCACAUUCUGGUUCUUCUUCCUCAAUAUAAACUCAAUGGAAAUCAUUUGUGAUCUUUAUUCUCAAUGGUGUGGUGGAUGGCUGGGUUGUCGCAAAACAAGAGGAGCAGUCUCUCUUUUCCGACGACCCUUUGUGGGUCUUGUUCUAGUUGUUGGCAGCAAUAAAGCGAAGGGAAGAAGAGUAGUAGUGGGUCGCAACAGGGAAAUGGGGCUUAGGCUGCUAAUUGUCGGAGAAAAGAACCAGCACCGGUGCCCCAAUCGCCGAAGAUUGUCUCCAGAACAACCCUCUAUAUGUUCGCAUCAACAACUUCAGAGGCCAGAUUUGUACAUUAAAAAAGAAUCGUUGCCGCCACCCCAAAGCCACCAUCCAAUCCUUCAUUGUUUCUCCAAUAAACCCAUCUGUUAUUUUCAGAUUUUGAGCACCACUAGGUACCUUCUCCGACAUCGGUUAACAGAAACCACCACAUACCUGGAACCACAAGUCACCAUCGCUACCAAAGAAGACGAAUCAAAAAUGUCAGAGCUCGAUUCCGACUGCCCAUCAAAAUUUAUUGAUUAUCAAGAUAUAAACGAUGGCAACGAGAUCAGAGCAAGGGUUUACAAAUGGACGGUGGUGGCGGAGACGAUGGGGGCUGAAGGUGGAGCUGAAGGCAGUGGUGGCUGA